UCAUUGACAAAUAUAUUGGUCAAAUUGGGGCAUUUAUUUUGUAACAGGAUAUUUUUUUUUUUUUUUUUGUUGAUGAUACUCUUUGCGACUUUUAAUAAGUGCUCCAUUUCUUCCAGGCACACAGUACAUUCAGGCUUUGUUUGAUUCAAUAUUAGUAUAGGAAAAGAAGAGAAAAGAAGGGAAGGGAAAGAUGAUUUUAUUUUCCAAUAUUUGGUUGAUGAAAGGAAAUGAAGGGAAGAGAAAGGAAAUUCGUAAUGUAUUAACUUUUAUCUUUCUCUUUCUAGUCGAAUUCCUUCAAUUUUGGGAGGAAAUAAAAGCUAAAAAAUUAUAAAUGGACUUUCCUUCCACUACCCUUCCUUUCCUUUGAAUUCUUAUAUCAUUUAUUCAACCAAACAUGGAAUAUGAUAAAAUUCAUUUCCUUUCUUUUCUUUUCCAUCCAAAUUCCUUCUUCCAAAAAGGCCUUCCAUGAUACAAUAAUGUUCUCAUUACCUCAACUUUUUUUUUUUGAAAGAACUCAUUACCUUAACUAAUCUAAUUUUGAAAAAAAAAUUGAAAUAGUUUCAAAUAUGAUGAAGAAGAGAGAAGAAACUUUUAAUUCAUUGAACGAGUGAAUUUCUUGCAAAGUUGCAAUCUUGAAUACAGCAUACUGAUUCCCAUCACAUGAGAAAUUUGGGUGCUAUUCCUCUGCUGCUAAGUUCUUGCUUCAUUUCCCCUCAUUUUCUUUCUCCUAAAAUCCAACUAUUUUCCACUUUACCCAGAUGGAAUACAAGCACCAGCAACGUCAACAUUACAAACCCAAUUCUCAUUUCAAUGGAAAAAUGCUCCUCCAUGGCAGAACUCAAGCAAAUUCAAGCUCAAAUGAUGCGCAAAGGUCUAAUCUUUCAUGUCUUUCCUGUAAGUAGAAUCAUCGCUUUUUGUGCUCUUUCUAAUAAUGGUGACAUGAAUUAUGCUCGUUUGAUUUUUGAUCAUAUUCCAAAUCCAAAUGUUUAUAUAUGGAAUACCAUGAUUAGAGGUUAUUCUAGAGCUAAGAAACCUUUAAUUGGUCUUUCAAUUUUUCGCAAAAUGGUUAGAGAUGGGGUUGAAAUGGAUGGGAGAAGCUUUGUUUUCGCGCUUAAGGCUUUCGGACUGUUUUCGGGUUUUCGAGAGGGUAGGGCAGUUCAUUGUAGCAUUUGUAAAGUGGGUUUUGAAUCAAGUGUGUUGGUGCAAAAUGGGUUGCUUCAUUUUUAUGCUGAUGGUGGGUUUUUGAGUUGUGCACGCCAAGUGUUUGAUGAAUGUCCUAUGAAAGAUGUCGUGACUUGGACCGCGAUGAUUGAUGGUUAUGUGCAGAGAGAUUCUCCUGAUGAAGCUUUGAGGGUUUUUGAUUUGAUGGUGUGUGGUGGUGAGACAGUGCCUAAUGAAGUUACUAUGAUCACACUGCUCUCGGCGUGUGCUCUUAAGGGGGAUUUGGAGUUGGGAAGGAGGAUGCACUGUUAUAUAGAGAAAUAUAAUGUGAGGUAUACUUUGAAUCUGAUGAAUGCCUUGUUAGAUAUGUAUGUUAAGUGUGGUUGUUUAAUGACUGCGAGAAGACUUUUUGAAGAGAUGGAGUGUAGGGAUGUAUUCUCAUGGACUAGUAUGGUAAAUGGUUUUGCAAAACAUAGUGAAUUAGAUAUGGCUAGGAAGUAUUUUGAUGAAAUGCCUGUGAAAAAUGCGGUGUCUUGGAAUGCAAUGAUUGCUGGGUAUUCUCAGAAUAAUAAGCCGGAGGAUGCCUUGGAUUUGUUUCAAGGUAUGGUGAAGGGAGGUUUGGUUCCCAUUGAGGAGGCUACUUUGGUGCCUGUACUUUCUGCUUGUGCUCAAUCAGGCUGCCUGGAUUUGGGGCAAUGGAUUCAUCACCAUUAUAUACACCAGAAGCGAAUUGAAUUUGGUGCAUCUGUGGGAAACGCGUUGAUAGACAUGUAUGCGAAGUGUGGUAGGAUUGAUAUGGCCGAGGAACUCUUUGAUGAGAUGCCAAAGAGAGACUUGAUAUCAUGGAACUCCUUGAUUAUUGGGUAUGCAGAUCAUGGGAAUGCCAAUAUGGCUCUAAUCCUCUUCGAGAGAAUGAAAGAUCAGGGUAUUAAGCCUGAUCAUAUUACUUUUAUCGGCAUUCUAUCAGCUUGUAGUCAUGCUGGUUUAGUUGCCGAAGGGCGGGAGCACUUUGCUGGCAUGCAGCACCAAUUUAGAUUGGAGCCUAAAGCAGAACACUAUGCCUGCAUGAUUGAUUUACUUGGCCGUGUUGGAUUGAUAGGAGAAGCCUAUGACAUGAUCAGAAAAAUGCCUAUGGAACCCGAUGAAGCUGCAUGGGGUGCUUUGCUGAAUGCAUGUAGGAUGCAUGGAUAUGCUGAUCUUGGCACAUUUGCAGCUGACAAGUUGAUAGAUCUAAAUCCAGAAGAUAGUGGUACGUAUGUACUAUUAGCAAAUCUAUGUGCUAGGGAGAAAAGAUGGGGUGAGGUAAGGAAUGUUAGAAGUAUGAUGAGAGAAAAAGGUAUUAGGAAGACUCCGGGACAUAGCUUCAUAGAGGUGGACGGUGACUUCCAUGAAUUUUCAGCUGCAGAUGAUUCUCAUCCUCGAUCCAUGGAGCUAUACAAAUUAUUGAAGGAUAUAUUUGUCAUUACAAAUCUGGAAGAAGAUGUAUGCUCAAACCAGUCAAUAGAUUGUUUACAGAAAGAAGAUUAUUUGUUCCUUAAUAAUGGUUGAGUCUUACAUGCAGUAAGGAAUAUUUGCAAUCCGAAUCACUGUUUUGCUGCGUCUUCCAGAAACUUGAAGUACGUGCCUACACUCUACAGGGCUUUGCCUUGCAAGAGGAUGUUCAAGAUUAAGAAACAGGACAGUGAAUAAUAAACAGAAAGGAGCAUCCAUGCAAAGUUAGACAAGCAGAACUAAUCUGAAACCUCUACCAUGUGAACUUUUAUGGGGGUUUAUCUAAUCAAUUUGUUCUCUUUUCAGGACUAAUAGGGUGGCAUGUAUGGGUUGUGUGGGCUGUGUGCAAAAUUUGCAUAUGACAUUCACAAAUCACAACAAUGAAGUUGGAGUUUCUCAUCUUCAAUUCCUUGGGUAGGGUGGUGAUCAUGUCUUUGAUUGUCGAAGUAUGUGUUCUGCCUCAUGGUUGACCAUUGUAUGGACUGUGCUCUCAAAUGGAAAACUUCAGCUUAGAUGAUUGGUGAGAGAAAUAUCAAUUGAAGAGGCACAUUGUGAUGACAUGAUAAAUACAUGAUUUCUAGUAGGACAGCCCUGAAGAUCCUUGGCUGAUGAAAGGUCUGUCAGGAAGCAAAUAUCAACCGCUGUGAUAAACUGCGACAUUUCACCUUUGCCUUCUCUUACAGAAAUCAUUAUGGAAAGCUAAAGUUUGCCAGCAGAAAUGCAUGUACAUUCAGGUGGGGCUAUAUGAUGCAGAAUGCUCAAGCUAGAAAUGCAUCUUUGAACAGGAUAUUAUUGAGAAACUAAACUAUGAGUUGAUUUCGUUGAACACGGUAUGGAACUUGCAAGAGCGAGACUAACUUGUUCUGAUCUAGCAUGUUUAUACAUCUAGUCAAUGAAGAGAAGUCUACAUUCAUCCGUAAAACAAGAAAGUGUUCCCUCCAUCAACAAAGUCUAAAUUCAUAAACUCCAAUUACUUGUCACCUUUUCUAAAAUAUUUGUUAUUUAUGAAUGAUAUUUGUAUAAGCAUUUGAAUUACGGAUAUAGGAAUAAUACAAUUAUUACAAAGGACGUUCGUAAAUUCAUGUCACGAAGUACAUAUGUCGUAUAU